AUGCGAAUCCACACAGGAGACAAACCAUUCAGCUGUGAUGAGUGUGGACGAAGAUUUAGUCGCAAGACGAGCUUAAACCAACACAUGAGAAUCCACACAGGACAGAGACCGUUUCCUUGUGAGGUUUGUGUUUCAAAACGUUUUCUUUCAGUUUCAGACUUAAACCAACACAUGAGAAUCCACACAGGAGACAAACCAUUCAGCUGUGAUGAAUGUGGACAAAGAUUUAGUCACAAGUCAAACUUAAACAAACACACAAGAAUCCACACAGGAGACAAACCAUUCAGCUGUGAUGAAUGUGGACAAAGAUUUAGUCAAAAGACAAACUUAAACCAACACAUGAGAAUCCACACAGGAGACAAACCAUUCAGCUGUGAUGAAUGUGGACAAAGAUUUAGUCGCAAGACACACUUAAACCAACACAUGAGAAUCCACACAGGAGACAAACCAUUCAGCUGUGAUGAAUGUGGACAAAGAUUUAGUCGCAAGACAAGCUUAGACCAACACAUGAGAAUCCACACAGGACAGAGACCGUUUCCUUGUGAGGUUUGUGGUGAAUUAUUUAGGUGGCGUCUCUCUUUAAAAGGACACAUGCGUGUCCACGCAAAAUAGAAAUGACGCAAGUGCAGAAUUUUGCUACUAAUCUGUAAACAAUGUUGUUUAUAGUGUAAAUAUGAGCUGGUUAGAGGAACUUCAAGGGGGUAUUCUAGAAAACUCACACUAGAAAGAGUCACUCAAAGAAGUCUGAUUUAAACCAGCUUCAUCUCCCCAUUAGCCCUGGAUAUGUUCCCAGAUACAUAUCAGCUUAAUUUAAUCGUAACACAUUCAGGACAGACUUGAACAAAGGUCUCUCAUACUGUUUCUCCAGGAAAGUGUUGAUCUCUCUCUGUACUUCUUUUUGGGAGUUUCCCGUUUCGACCUGUCAUCCAUUCUUUCAGACGAGAAUUUAAUCAGCUUGUCCAUUAGUGGGGUUGUACACUCUUAGGUACCUCACAUUUUGAUUAGAUUAUGAUUCAGAAUGCUUUAAUUUGAUUAUUAAACGAUUGCCAGGAUUUUAAAUGCCUUUUUUCCAUUUAGUUUGUUUUUUCUUUAUUGCUCACUCCGUGGGUACUGCAUACUUUUAAAUUCCUAUACCUAUGGUGUGCUAUUUUAACUAUGUACUUUAAACAGUCAACACAGGCUGCUUCUCCUUCUCUAAUCAUCUACAGAAGUCGAGGACACUGUAAAUUUUAUUGAUGAAUUUUCUGAAUUAUUGUCGAAUAUCUCUACUGAUUUUAACCAUUUCAUCUUAAC